UUUAAUGAGGCAACCAAGCCUCCUCUUUCUCAACCAUAUCCCCCUCUGCCCUCUGAUUGUGGUAAUGUGUCCUCUUCUGCUCAGCUUAACUCUGAUCCAACUGUUGCUGUUGAACAGAAAAAACAACCGUCCUCACAACCUAACUAUCCCAAGCAAGCAAUCGACUGUGGGCUUUCGUCUGAUCGAUUCAGAUUAGAAGAGGUUCUAGAAAAGAUGAACACAUUUGAUAAACUUUGCGGCAAGUCAACUCGAUCGGCAUUUCACAAAAAAGCUCGAUAUGCUGGACUUGCGCAGAACUCAGAUGGGGCUUGGAGACGCCGUCCGGUAACAAAUCAGACUUCUCAAAUUACUGUUGGAGGUGAGGCCGCCAGCAACCCCCAUAAUCAACCCAAUGAGCAAGCUAGAAAUGCUGGCGAUCUUGGUGGACAUGUCUGUCCACCGCUUGAUCGUCAGCAUCAUCAACGUCCGGCAGUAAACCAGGCUUGUCAACCCACUGCGCGUGGUCUGAAUAGCCGUGAUUCUAGUGCUCGAUCGUGUCCACCACCACAAAGUAGAUUACCGCCCGGACCACUAAGAAUAACUGACCCAGUCACUGGGGCAUCCAAUCAGGCUCGUCAACCUACUUCACGUAAUCAGGUUUGGCGGGAUCCGAGUGCUCAAUCCUGUCCACCGCCACAAAAUAGACUAACACCUAGGACACUAAUUUGUCAGCAACAGCAUGAUUAUUUAAGAGCCUAUGAGAAUACUGCUGCAGUAAACUUGGGAGGAGGUCGACCACCGCAUAACAUUAUGUUGCAGCGAUACCCACCUCCUCAAUGUUACAAUUUCAGAAAUUUAAUUGGCAGUCAAGAGCCUGUACCAGAUGCAUACUUUUAUACUCAACCUUUUAGGUACGAACAGCAUGGAAUGGAUUUGAUGCUCCAACAAUACGCUCCUCUUUUGUAUUCUUCUAUUCCAGCUUAUACUUAUUACGGUUCUAUGAUGCAGCCAGCCUCUGCCUUCAUUCCACAGCAGGCACCGCAGUUACCCUAUGCUGAAUGUUAUGCCGACGUUGCUCUUUUAAACUUGGAACAUCGAAUGCGUAGAGCACUAGAAAACACAAGGAACUUUAACAGCUCAGAAUUCGCAUCGGAUACAAGUGGAACUGGUCACCGUCCACGAUCUUUAACUCGAUCAUCUCGAUUUUCGAAUAAGCUGUCAUCGGCCAGCUCACAGCCUUGCAAAAAGGCAUAA